AUGAAUAGUAAUUAUCAUGAGCAACUUUGUCAAUUCGAACAAUAAAAACCAAAAUAUCAGCAUUUGUAUUUAGAACUAUAUAAGUCUAAAAUCCUUUAAAUUCACGGACCAAAAUUAAAUUAAAGUGAUACUCUCAAAUGUAAAUAAAACUACGGUGAAUAAUAAAAUACCCAAGAGACUCCAAUCUAUUUAGAUAUCUAAGGUAAUCAAGAACAGGAAAUCAAAUUUCAACCAAACAUAUAAGAAGAACAAUAAAUAUAACCAAAACAAAAAACAUUCUCCCAAUCAUCGAAGAAAUUUCGUCGUAUUUAUGGUUUUGGAAUGAGAAGAAUACGUAGCAAAGAAUCUUCAGAAGAUGUGGAUUCCCUCGAAAAAAGUGAUGAUCAUUCUUUAACAUCUAAAGGCUAUAAAGAAUGCUAAAUCUGUUUAUCAUUUAGACUAGUACAUUAGUUCUUGCCCUGCCAACAUGAAUUUUGUAGAUCUUGUAUCUCUGAACUUUUAAAAGAAAACAUAGUUAGAGGCAAUGUUUUGGUAAUUUUGUGUCCUCAUUCAGCUUGUACUGAAUAAUUCGCGGAUCUUUAAAUAAAAGAGCUUGUUUCUCAUACCUUAUAUGAAAAAUAUUAGAGAUUUUAUGCUAGGCAAUUAAUUAGUAAAAAUAAAAAUGUUAGAUGGUGUCCUAGAAUUGAUUGCGAAAACUAUGUAAUAGGAAAAGGGAUGAAUUUACUGACUUGUACUUGUGGCCAGCAAAUUUGUUUCAAAUGUGGUAAUCAAUACCAUCAAGAUAUGUCAUGUGAAUAAGCUAUGGAUGCCUAGUACCUUUAAGUAAGGAAAGAACUCCAAGUUUAUGAUUGUCCAAAUUGUUAAGCUCCUAUUGAGAAAAAAGGAGGCUGCAACCACAUGAAAUGUUAUAAAUGUAAAUAUGAGUUUUGUUGGAUAUGUAGAGGCAAAUAUUCGUCAAUCCAUUAUGGAGUAUUCAAUAUUUUUGGAUGCGCUUUUCCAGGAGGAUAAUUAUCAACAAUCUAACCUUUAACAAACCCUAUGCUUAUUAAAAUUAUGAUGAUUAUUCCUAAACUCUUAUUAACUUUGUUGUUAAUUAGUGGACUUUUCAUCUUGCUGCCAUUUUAUCUUUUAUACCUGGUUAUAUCAGCACCUUACCGAAUAGUAAAACGAAAAUCAAAUUUCAGAAUGAGUAAACAUCGAAAAUUCACUUAAUUUGGAUUAUUUUUACUUUUUCUCUAAAUUGGAAUAAUGCUAUCGCCUAUAACAAUCAUUUGUGCUAUUUUAAUUAGUCCUGUACUUUUGAUAAAUUAUAUCAUUGAAAAUUUCUGA